AUGUCGUGCCUCUGUCUUCACGGCCCUUCUGGGUGCGGCAAAACAACAGUCAUCCAUCGGGCUCAUGAAUUGGCUGCAGCGAAUAAGGAUAUUGUGACCCUCCAUAUUGACGACUCGACCGACCCGAAGUCGCUUAUUGGUGGCUUCCAGCAAAUUCCAAAUAAACCUGGGAGAUUCGAAUGGCAAAUGGGGGUUCUAGCGAAGGCUAUGGUGGAGGGGUCAUGGGUAGUGAUCGAAGACAUCGACAAGGUGUCCAGUGACGUGUUGGCCAUUCUGCCGAGCCCCAACGACGAUGAGACUGGCUAUCUUGUGCUUGAGCAGAAUAGGACUCUGAGAGUCCACCCGGACUUCGUACUCAUUGGGACUGUAUCAUCGCUGGCCAGUAGUCAACCAGGCGUGGGAUCUUCCCUUGAUUUGCUGUUGGCCUCUAACACUUCCCUCCAAGCAUGGACACAUGUGAUGAUGCCUCCGAUGACGGGAGAGGAGAUGGAGACCUAUAUUGCUGCCAAGACUUUGGCGUUUCCAGCUUGGGGAGAGGCUAUCGCUGAGGCUUAUCAACGAGUUAAUACAGCCAUGGAAGAGCAAGGCGUAUCGCGGAAGUUGACCCCGAAGGACUUCAGUCGGGCCAUAGAGCGCUUGGGACCACUUUCGGCGAAAUGGCCUCAUCGUUGGCCAUUGGCUGAGAAUACCAGGCUGCGUAUUGCGAGAGAGCUUUAUGCGGUUUGGGUGGCACACGUGUUCGACCAGAAGGCUCGAGAGGAAGUGUAUGGCGCGCUCCGCGAGCUCGAUCAGGCGCUCUCACUUCCCUCGGGUUCUGCUGCAUCGGAUAGCGCUCCUGAGGUGUCCCUCGAUCGCUCGAAUGUAUCCAUCGGCACUGACGUUGAGCCGCUGGUCCAUCGGAGAUUGCUGGAGUUCCUCGCAAAAUGUGUUGUGUACAACGAGCCAGCGUUGUUGGUGGGUGACACUGGGUGCGGUAAAACUACGACUGUUCAAUGCCUUGCACGCAUGCUCAAUCGAGAGCUGAUGGUUUACAACUUCUCCGACCAGAGUGAAGCGCAGGAACUGAUUGGAGGGCUUAAGCCGCUGCCACUCGAUGCGAACGACUUAAUCAAGCGUUGGCACGUUCUGAUGGACAAGACAUUUUCGAAGAAGUCUAACGCGGCUUUGGCGGCUCACGUUGAUAAAGUAGCACAGAAGAAGGGCGGAGCGAAGGCCCUCGCGAUUGUAUUGGAAACAUGCAAGAAGGCGAUAGCGGCUGGUAGGGAGGAAGAGGAAUGGAAUAAACUCGCGCAGGACUGUAAGGCGGCGACUGAGACUAAGGUUUCUCUGAGAUUCGAGUUUGUCGAGGGUCAGCUGCUCACUGCCCUACGCACUGGCGCUUGGCUUGUCCUGGAUGAGAUCAACUUGGCGCCGGGAGAUGUUCUCCAGCGCAUUGCGGGCCUCUUGGAACAAGGAGCGAGCACGGCAGAGAAUCCAAAGUACUUUGAUGUUCACGAGGCAGGCGGAGCUGGUGUGAGGAUCCCUAUCCAUCCGGACUUCCGGUUGUUCGCCUGUAUGAACCCCAGUCAUCUUGGGCCGGCGAAGAAGCCGCUUCCUGCUGGUAUCCGAGCACGGUUCUGUGAGUACUACGUGGACGAGGUGGUGGAGGAGGCCGAUCUGAUCCAACUGGUUACUGAUGGUUUGUCGAAGCACUUGCCCAACCCUCCGAGCGAGGCGGUGGUUAGCGUCUAUAAGAAGGUCCGGGAGAUGGCUCGAGAUGGCCACUUGAGCGACGGUCAAGGCGGGAAGCCAGUGUUCUCAUUGAGGUCCCUAGCGAGAGCGCUGAGAUUCGCUAGGACCUUCGUGAAAAGUCCACGGUAUCGGCAUCAUGAUGGAGGGAUGGAAGCUGUUCGGGAAGGCCUAGCGGUUACCUUCGCUGGAGUCCUGUCGGAGUCGUCCGAGGCGAAAGUGAUGGAGGAGAUAAAUCGAUCCUUGCCGGGACCGUCCAAAGUCCCGCGCAGGAUCGGCCAGGCUGCCGGCUCAUUGGACGUAGUCGUAGAGAAAGAGGCUGUGUGCAUCGAGGGUUACUGGAUCGCAAGGGGUCCUGUGGAGAUCGACGUUCAGAGGCUGCUGAGAGACUUCUGUGUGACCGAAUCGGCCCGCCGCAACUUGAGGAAAAUAUUGCGAUGCGUAUCUGGAGGCAAAGUCGUCCGGCCGCCCAUCUUGCUUGAGGGGCCUACUGGUGCAGGGAAGACGUCUUUGGUGAAGUUCGUCGCUGCUAUGACGGGUCAUGGCUGUGUGAGAAUAAACAACCAUGAGCACACUGACUUGCAGGAGUACAUCGGGCAGCACGUUUAUGAUCAUGGAGUGCUCAAGUUUGAGGAGGGGCCCCUUGUGAAGGCUUGCCGCGCGGGAGCGUGGGUCGUGCUGGAUGAGCUCAACCUUGCUCCGAGUGAGGUGCUAGAGGGAAUCAACAGGUUACUUGAUGAUAAUCGCGAGAUCCACAUUGCGGAGACUAACACAACCGUUGUCCCCGAUCCCGACUUUGUCGUAUUCGCCACGCAGAAUCCUGCUGGGGGAGACUAUGGAGGGAGGAAGCAGCUGUCGAGGGCUCUCAGGAACCGUUUCACGACGAUGUGGAUCGACUCGCUAUCUUCUGAUGAGCUUCGAGCUAUAUUGCAGCACAAGUGCCAACUGGCUCCUUCGAUCGCGGCAGCUAUGGUGAAGGUGUAUGAGGACCUGAGAGCCCAUCGGAAUGUUGACGCUCUCCUUGCUGGAGGGGGAACGGAUCUGAUCACGAUCAGGGACAUACUGCGUUGGGCUCACAGGAAGCCUGGCACCAUGGAAGAGUGUGGCCUUGAGGGUUGGUGCCUGCUGGGCGAGAGGUUGCGUCAUGAAGACCAGCGUAGUGAGGUGGCUAAGGCUAUUGCGAAGCACUGCAAGACUUACGGCGUGACGGCUGCCUCUUACUUGGAGACCAACUAUCGGGAAGAUCUCUAUGUUCUGGAAAUACAGAAAAGUGGUGGUGGCUCGGGACUAGUGUGGACGGAGACUAUGUGCCGCAUGGUGGCUCUGGUCGGCCGCUGUGCGAGGAACGGGGAGUCGGCGCUUCUGGUGGGCGAGACCGGCACGGGAAAGACGACGGUCGUGCAAACAGUUGCAGACUUCCGGCGCAUCAAGUUGGAGAUCGUGAACUGCCAUCAGCACACGGAGCCUGCAGACUUCCUUGGCGCGAUGAGGCCGACGGCUGGCAAGAAGGACGUUCGAGGACUGAUCAAAGCCAAGGCCAAACGGAUGUGUGAUCUGGUCGGCCGAGAUGUCGAUGAGGAGCAGUCCGUCGCUGUAGUGCGAGAGAUUGUGAACGACUAUGAGCUCGAGAGUGAUGAGAAUAGUGAAGAUCCGCCCAGUCCGAAGAGAGCUCGGGUGAGGUCUGAGUUAAGAGCUCUGUGGAGGGAAAUAGCAGACUUGCGAGCUGAUGUGAAUCACGAUCGGAGCAUAGAUCACGACUUGUUCGCCUGGCAAGACGGUCCUGUAACAAGAGCUAUGCGCGGCGACGGUCACUGGGUGUUGCUCGAUGAGGCCUCCUUAGCCACUGAUGCUGUUCUGGAGCGACUAAACUCGGUUCUGGAGGCAGGUGAAAGGAGUGUGAUGCUUGCUGAGAAGCCCGGUGGAGAAGUUGUUGUCGGCGGGGAUAAGUUCAGUUUGAUGAUGACUAUGAAUCCUGGUGGGGACUUUGGCAAGAGAGAGCUCAGUCCGGCGCUGAGGUCGCGUAUGACUGAGAUCUGGGUCAAGGCUCUCGACUAUGCCGAUGAGAAUGACGAUUCUGAGGCCAGCAGGCUCAUACGGAAGCUCCUGAGCGACGAGGCGAAGUCACUGAUGCCGUCCAUUCGUCGAGCUGUCGCGUGGGUGGUUAAGAACAUCCCAGCACAGAUUCUACCGAUGUCGAUCCGUAAUGUGGGUCUGUGGGUGAGCGCCUGUAAUGAACUAACUUGCAUGAGUCUGGGCGAGCGCUACUUACAUGGCGGCACUAUGACCAUUGUUGAUGCCUUGAUGGACGCUCCUGAGCUGCAGAUGGAGGCUAUGAGGAUGCUCGAGACACAGGCCCCACGGGACACUGACUUGAGCAAGUUCGGUCAAGACGGUUACCAGUGGGUUCGGGACGCAGUACGACGGGGCGAUUCUGAUGGCCUGGGCCCUUUCUCUAUGCCGGCUCCUACUACGGGCGCUGCCGCAGCACCCAUCCCUUUCGACUUCGCCGCUCCUACAACUGCUCUCAACUUGGGACGUAUUUUACGAGGUUUGACUGUUGGUAAGGGGAUGGCAGUGUUGCUUGAGGGACCGCCGGGGACUGGUAAAUCCUCGAUCAUCGCGGCACUGGCGGCUCGUUGUGGGAGGGAGCUUGUAAGGAUCAAUAUUUCUGAGCAAACGGAAAUAGCUGAUUUGGUUGGACAGUUCCUCCCCGCGGCUGGCCAGGGCGGCCACGAGGUGUCAUUCGCAUGGUCAGACGGCGUUCUGCUGUCCGCAUUGAGAAGAGACAAUUGCUGGGUUUUGCUCGACGAGCUCAACCUGGCUCCUCAGCCUGUGUUGGAGGGGCUCAACUCCCUACUUGACCAUCGUCGAGAGCUCGUUGUCCCCGAGACUGGCGAGCGAGUCAGAGCUAAGGCCGGCAGCUUCCAGCUUUUCGCGACGCAGAAUCGUAUGGUUGACGGUGGCGGACGAAAAGGUCUCCCCAAAUCCUUUCUUAACCGCUUUGUGAAAAUCGCGGUAUCUGAGCUCUCCUCAAAGGACUCGGAGUCGAUCUGCAAGAGGCUCUUCGGUGACGACAUGUGGAACUCGGUCUGUGAAGGAGUUGUCGAAUCUGUCCGGAUCGCUGGAGAUAUGCGGUUCAAGGGCGGCAGUGGAUGGGAGUGGAACCUCAGAGAUGUGCUUCGAGUAUCAUCCUCGGUGCAGCGACGAGCCAUAGGGCAUCUAUCUCCAGCAUUACAGUGCUAUCUGUUAUUAGCAUCCAGGCUGCAAACCCAAGAAGACCGCGAGGCUUUACGUCCUAGCGUGUGGGAGGCUUCGUCGAACCAGCAAUGGGCAGGAGAGUGUGAUGUUGAGGAUGUCGAUGUGGGUCCGAUGCUCGUCAGAGUGGCGGAGGCUUUCGCGAACUCGAGAGUUGCCGAUUUCGUGGCGAGUGACGCUGACAUACUGCAGUGUCAGUCGUUGGGGCUAAGUGCUGGUUGUGCUGCUGUUCUCAACAAUUGGCCAACUCUAUUGAUUGGUGACGGUGGCAGUGGGAGGAGACGAAUGGUAGAGAUCCUCGCUGCUGUCGCUGGUGUCAAGCUCGUGAGCAUCAGGAUGCAUGCUCAAAUGGACGCUAAUGACCUGGUUGGUCAGUUCGUACAGAAGCCUGGUGGAGGGUUUCAGUGGGUUGACUCGCCUCUGGUCUGUGCGCUGAAGUCAGGCGAUUGGGUUCUCUUCAACUCGGUAGAGCAAUGCCCCUCAGCGGUCGUUGAUCGUCUCAAUGCUUUGCUCGAGGUCGGCGGUAAACUGCAAGUGCCAGAACGAGGGCGAGCAAACCCGGAAGACCUGACAGUCACGCCCAAUCCUGCUUGUCGUCUCUUCUUCACGGCGGAUGCUCGUCAUGCUCACAUGGUGUCGAAUCCACUGCGGAAUAGAUGUGUCGAGAUAUUCGUAGGCAGCUGUGCUCAGGGUGGUGACUUGGAGAGGGUCUGCAUGGCUGCGUCUGGAGGCUUAGUCGAGAGCCUCGCCAGUGUUGAAGACAUGCAAGGUAGCCAGCUGCAAGCGAUCGCUCGUGAAGCGAGUAGAGCUGUAGCCCUGGGGGACCACUUGCGGGUGGGAGAGUCCGACCUCCGUCUACUCAAGCCAUCGUUCUGCGGGUACUCUCUCGUGGCCAAGACCAUAAGCGCUGCUUGUAUGGUAGCAGAGGAGAUCUCGGACGACCCUGUUGGUCAGUCCUUUGCUUAUCAGUGGAUGCUUGAAGGCACUGUUGGCACACCCUGGGACGUCAAGGCGAGGAUUGAGAAUUUACCUUCGAGCUUGAACGUGGCGCCUGAGGUUGUGAGAAGCAUGGCCGUGCUCUCGGCUACUGAUAAAAGAUGGGUGGCCAAAACUUAUCUACGGUUGCCGGCCAAGCAGGGUACGUUACUCUAUCAGGUUGGUCAUCCCGAGGAAGCCGACGACUUUACCUUGCUGAGCGGGAGACGACAGUUGCUGAUUAAGACGGUGAGAGACAACAUCGUCGAGCUACCAAGAGACCCUCGGGUCAUGCCUCACUUCUGUCGGCUAUUGAUGGUGUUGGACUCCUACGACCAACUGAGCGCACAGGCAGAGACAAGUAUUCUGAUAUUCCUGCAGGAGCUUCUGGACGCCCGUGAGGUUCAGUCGUCUCGGGCUAGUCGGCCGCCUGCUGCCGCUGUGGCCUGCCCGGCUCAUCUACCCAUGUACGCGAUCGCCAGUGAGUCCACGUUGGAGCUUGUUCUGGAGNNNNUCCCUAUAGCUCAAAUAUGCAGCCAGGCUUUGAAUGAGGAGACUGAUUCCUACGCGAGGCUAGCUAUGGCCGCAGCGUGGCACCUCGUCCUUGGUGCAGGAAUCUUGCAUCUUGAGACGGACCCCACAGAGUCUCGAUCAGCUUGGUGCAUCAACGUUAAUCGGUUCAUCAGAGACCAGGAGAGUGAGCUCAACAUAAGACAACGUUGCCUCGAUUUGGCUGCCGUGGGAGCUGAUGGUAUUGCAUCUCUUCGUCGAGCGCUCGAGAAGCUGACUAAGAGUGUAUCUGCAGUAGAAAACACUCUGUGUGUCCGAGAGAUCCCCGAGAGUCGGCCUGAGACGGUUGAUGAAUCUGUUUGGGAAACCAGCGGGCUCGCUGAUAUCAAUAGGGAAGAAGCUAACUAUAGAGAGUUGCGGACUAUCGUCCAAGGCUUCGUGCAAUCAGUUGUGGUGCCUUUGAUAUCUGAUGACAGCUGUCGGUGGCGCAAGGAGGGACUAGAGCUUGACGAGGCCAUGGUGAUGGUCCAGAGCGCUGCGAGCGUUGCUGAGACCUUAACGACUUCUUUCCCGGCUCAUUCUGAUAUUACUCGUCCGCUGGCGUUAGACUGCCUGGCGAUGGCUUCGGGUGUCGCCGCUAUCGCCUUGAGGAGGGACAAGGGGAAGGAAGCUUUGCAUGUCAGGGAUACUCUGGGCAGGGUCCAUCUCCCUCUACGGACGAGUUCUCUCGCCGCUGAGGAGUCUGAUGAUGCUGCCUAUGAUCCCACUAUCGCUUCGCUGGCACUCCGUUCCUUCGGCGUUGCCCGUUGUCAAACAGGUCGAGUUGACGACGGCCGAUGCACCGCUGUGGAGCACGUGGAUGCCCUGGUUUCGGAGUUCGAGCGCUUAGAAGAGGAAGAGGCACUUAGCAAAGAUGAAGGCAUGAUAAGACAGAAUGAGGUGACCUUCAUUGAGCGGAUGAGAGAGCUGACGAACGAAGAUGACAAUGAUCUGGAGAAGUUGCAGCAAGAAUACAACGUGAAGCUGUUCGAGGAUGCAUCCCAUAGCAGAGUCAUACGCCAACUGGAGAGUGACGAUGUUCUCGCUGACAUCGGGGCUCCUGGAGAGUCCGCCGAAAUAGUUGAUGAGGAUGACGAUAUUGCCUCCUCCCGCGCUAAGCUGGGUACUAGUGCUGAUGCCCUUCGUGCAUUGGACAACCUGUCGGGUCUGCUGGUACACGCUGUUACGGACGAGGAUGGUGCGGCUGACGGUGAAGGUCUUAUGGACGAGCUCCUCGGGGAGGCCUGGGGAGAUGUAUUGAAGAGCAUGAAGGACGAUGAGCUGCUGACAGGCAGGGCCUGUGCUCCAGCUGAUACCAUCGUUGGUCCGUGGGUUAAUGAGGAUGGUCUACCUCUGGUGUUGGGUAGACUGAGGCGUCUGACUAGGGACCUUGAUAGGAAGGUCGCGGGAGAGGAGCUGAUGCCUUCUGUUGAGAAAGAGGAGAAGGAAGUAGAGGAAGCCGAUGAGGGUGUAGAGAAGGAUGAAAGCGAGAUGACUCUGGACGAGCUGGAGGCACUAGAGAGAAGACGCUUGAAGAGGGAGAGCGAACUCAAGGUUCGUCUCCGAGAUGUUAUCAACCGUAAAGGAGCUCGAGCGACUGAGAAGCUGUCCUUCUAUUUGGAGUCCGCUGAUGGUCGGGCGCUUGACCUACUCAAUUGCCACUUCGUUCAUCCCCUCACUCUGCUCCUCAACCAUUUGGAGUCCAUCAAUCGGGCCAUCCCAGAGGGCCAUCCCGCUGUGGACGCCUGUCUGCGUGCGGUGAAGAAAUUCCUAGAGUCAUGCACUCUGGGUUCGACGAGUCCCAUGUCCGCAUUACUCAUGCUCGAGGAGUGUCUUGAUCGUUAUGAUGCUUUGGUCCGAGCUGUUCCUUCUCAUCUCCUGAAGGCGGGUGCGAGCGCUGUGAUCAGUGUGAGGCGCUCCGUGGCGACCUUCAGAGCAAUGCAGAUUGCCUCGUGGCGUGAUCUCCGAGCUUCCCGGGAGGCGUAUUGGCGCUCUAAGGCUCGCGGACGCUGGUUCGCCCGUCUAUGGUCAGCAGCGAAAAGCACUAAGAUCGACGGCUCUGAUGACAAGCUGAAGGCGGAGCUGUUCGACACUGGCAUGAGAUUCCUCCGCACCUCUCCCUUGGUGCAGUUUUCGGAGCGUGUUGUGAUCAUCAAGACUGUUGGCGAUUUGCUUCACGUUCCCGUGCUGCAGCAUCUUCAUGGUAUGGCUAUGGUAUGGUUGCCGUACGUGGACAAGCAGAUGGAGAUACACCGAAAGGCACUGGAGAAGGAAGUGAAGGAGCUCAUUCAGUGCGCCCGUUGGGAUCUAGGACCCUCGGCCAACCACGCUGCUUUCCAUUCGUCGUUACUGGCGCUCCAUGCUAUGCUGAAGUUUGUGACUCAUCUGCAUCAAGAGGGUCUCAGCUUAGCCGAAGGGGAGGAUAGCGAAGGUGGAGAGGGGCGAGAAGGCACUACCGACUGGCAACAAGGUACGGGUCUUGGUGAAGGCUCGGGAGCUCGAGAUGUGAGCGAUGAGAUUGAGGAUAAAAACAUGUUCGACACUGUGCAAGAAGAAAAGAAGGAAGAACAGCCGCAACAGGAACAGCAGGAAACGGAAGAGGAUAAGAGCAAGGGAGUCGAGGUUGGAGAUAUCAUGGACGUUGAGGGUCCGGAGGAGAAUGUGCAACGGGAACCUAAUGAGGAAGAUGAGAAUGAGGAUAAAGAGGACAAUAUGGAUAGAGAGAUGGGAGAAGUUGAUCUCAAGGAGGGUGGCGAGAUAGAGGAAAAGCAGAAGGGCCCUGAAGAGAAGGAUAAGGACGAGGAGGCAUCGGAAUCGGAGGAUGAGGGUGGUGGAGAGGACAAGCAGGAUGAGAAUAUUGAGUCUAAGGGCGGCGAAAAGCAGUCUGAGACGGAUAUUGUUGCGGCUGAGGACCAAGGAGGAGAAGCGGAUGAGAAAAAUGAUGGCGAGAAUGAGAAGAAUUCUGAGGAAGGCGAAGACAGCAAAGAGCAAAGUGAGGAGGGGGAUGAGAAGGAUGAGGAUGGAGAAGGCAGUAUCAAUGAGGAGAGUGGUGAUGAGGAUGAUGAUGCCUUUGAAGCUUCGUUGGCCAAGGCCAAGGAAGAUCAAGAUGCGGGUGAGGAAGGCGAUGAAAGUGGAGAGAACGCCCAGCAGGAUGGCGAAGCGGAUGAGGAUGAUAUGGACCUCGAUGACGAUAUGGCCCUCGAUGGCGAGGUUGGUGGUGACUCUGAUGAUGCUGUCACCGAUGAUGAGGAAGAUGCGGACCUGGACGAUGAGGAUGCCAAGUCAGUGCAUGAUGAGGAUAAGCAGAAGGAAGGCGAGGAAGAAGAUGAGACCUCACCGGAAGAUGAGACUGACGAGUUGAACUCAGCAGAAGCCGCUGAGGACCAGGACACUCUGAUGGAGAACGCUGCCGAGGCUGCACCACAGCCACAAAGGAAUGCUACCAACCCUGAAGAUGAGGAAGGGGGCCAGGGUGAGGAGCUGACUGGAGGCAGAGAUAAUGAUGCUCAUAAUGAGGAAGAAUCUACUAGAGAUCAGCCCCAGGGAGCAGAGGAUGCGGGUAGAGAUGAGGAAGGUGCGGCGAUUCGGGAGAGUGGACCUCAGGGGCAAUCUAGCAGGGAGCAGAAGAGCAAGGCACCACCGGCACCACCGAAUCCGUUGAAGGACUCGGUCGAGGAGGUAGAGAAGUGGCUCAAGCGGAUUCAACUGAUGGACGAGGAUGCAUCUAAAGAGGGAAGUGAGGAGGAGGAGGCCGGAGGAGAGCAGGAAGAGAACAACGAGGAACAGGGUCUCAACAAGGAUGCAACUCAGGACGAGUCGUCCAAGCUGGAGGGCGUGGCGCAGGCAACAGGCGAUAGUGCUGAGCAUGCUGGAGAGCUCGAGCAGGAGGAGGAUGACGAGGCAGCCUCAGAGGUUGAUGAAAUGGAUGUUGAUGAGGAGGAUAAGAUGGAAGAAAACAGGGACGGACUCGGCCCUGCACCGCCCAAGUCGGCUGAGGACAAAACGUUCAAAAACGAACAGAAAGCACGCGAUAAAGCAGAUGAUGAGGAAGAGCCUGAUGCCUCUGGUCAAGAACCGGGUGCAGCUGAUACGAAACACAAGGGCCCCCUGCGCUCCGAGGUUUCCAGGAAUCCGGAAGCUCUCGCUGUACCUGUUGAUGAAGACGGAGACGUGGAGAUGAAUGGUCUGAGUGAGGACAUUAUCUAUAACGCUGGUGGAGAGGGCGAUGCCAGCAAUGACCGUCUGCAGCACAUCGAUCGUCUGUCGUCGAGCGUCUGUAGUGAGCUCACUGAGCGAUUGCGUAUGGUCCUCGAGCCCACUAAGCGUGGUGGAAUGCAAGGCGACUACAAGACAGGGAAAAGGCUCAACAUGCGGAAGGUCCUCGCGUGGGUAGCGAGCGACUAUAGAAAAGAUAGAAUAUGGCUCCGGAGGAACAAGCCGAGCAAGAGAGAGCACAACGUCAUUGUGUGUUUGGAUAAUACCAAGUCAAUGCGAUCCAACCAAUCUGGCGAACUAUCCUUGUGCGCGGUUCAUGCUAUCACCCAGGCUAUGUCUCGUCUCGAGAUCGGCACUGUCGGAGUUAGUUCCUUCGGCAGCUCUGUUCGCUCCCUGAGGACACUGGUCUCACCUUCUCCUUUGAACCUACCCGAGCUGUUGCAUCAUUUCAAUUUCGACGAGGAAAGUGCUGGAUCAAUGUCGCGCUCUUUGCCUGCUGUUCUGGACGACUGUGACGAGCAAUUCACCCAAGUUGCGGGCGGUGAUUACAAGCAAGCAUGUCUGGCCGUGGUUGUGACGGAUGGACGAUUCAACAAAGAGGCGGUGCGACACUCUGUUCAGAACAUGCUCAGCAAGAACCGUUUGCCAGUGCUCAUUAUUGUCGAUGAGGCUGCCGAGUCUGGUCGCUCUAUUUACAAUUUGAAGGAGGUGGUUCGAGACCCUACGGGCCGCAGUAGAAUGGCUCCUUUCCUGUCCAAUAAAGACUUCCCAUUCCCCUUCUAUGCAGUGAUACAAGAUGUCUCUCAAUUGCCUAAUGUCCUUAGUGAUGUCAUCAAGCAAUGGAUUGAGGCAACUGCAAUGAGGUGAUGUCAUUCAAUGGCAACUAACGUCUUUACCAACGUACGUUACU